AUGGAUGGCGUCGCCGGUACGAUCAUUGAAAUGCCUGAUGGAUGUGGUCCUAUAACCUAUGCGGUGGCCCACGAGGUAUCCGUCUUAGAGGAUCAAACGUUGCCGGAUCAUUUAUCUUAUCUUUUAAAUGCGAUGGUUAAAGAGUUGAUAUUCGAUUAUGACUUUGGCCUUGUGAAGCGCGACUUAGGCAAAAUUUACUUCCGCGCCGACUAUGUAAAUAUUGGUGGAUACUGGGAGACUAUGGUCGAUAAGGCAAAUUCUAAGCGGUCCCUAACGCGUCGCUUCUAUAGCAGUGUAGAUGGUGAUUGGGGUGAUAAGUUUGCCACUGUUCGCGAGAAAGGAUCUAGUAAGGGAAGUUCUUUUAGCACGAAGUUUACCUAG